CUGUCGCUGACGUUUACUGCAGCUCAAUAUAGAGAUGUCGAUGGGGUGCAAAAAACAAACAAAUAUCAGCAACUUCGUAGUCCCGAAUUCCAAGUUCGCAGCCGUCGCUGCACCUUAUAUCUUUGUAGUCGCGAAUUGCAAAUAUGAGCUGGGUACGCUUCGCUUCGACCUUUGGUGGUCGCCGUGUUUCUUUUAUGAAUCUUUGGAUAGGCCAAACUAUUGAUACAGGUUGCAAAAAAAAGCUUUGUGUCACCUUAUACGCUACUUUAAUGAACAAAAUAGACUUGUGUAACACCAAGGAAAAAAUAGGAAAAGAACAGUGCCAAAAUAUUGCAUUGAAUCCACUUAAAUUGCACGAUAAUACUCAAUUAAAAAUUCGACCGCGGCGAAAGCGUGAAGAAGAAAACGUAAAACAUAGAACAGGUUACUUUGGUGUGACUGCCUUUGCAACAGCCGAACAAUAUCAUCUAGAAAGUUUAGAGUGCGCAUUGCAAGCCCAAAAUUUGUAUGAAUCGAAGCAGUUUCUUUCCAGCGAGGAGUACAAACCUGACGUUCUGCACGUUACUGCCAAAUACAAGCUUGUGGACGAAUCAAGGGAUGUUUAUUUCUUUCGUGAGGGAACUGUGGUUUUUUGGAAUUGUACCGACUUGGAAAUUGGAAAUAUAUUACGAUUUUUAAAACCUUUUGAAAAGGAUGCCUACGAUGAAACUACCGUUUUACAGGAAAGUGAAGUAAUGUUAUACAAUACCGGAGAAGCAAUAGCAAGACUUAAAAACGAUAGCUUCUACAUAUCGAAGAAUGACGAUUCCGGAAUGGAAAGGUAUACAUAUUCAAAUGCGAUGUCUCUAACAGUUAAGUUGGGUAUCUGGGAGGCCUCUCUAGAGCGAUACAUUGAAUCAAUGGCUUAUGUCACGGGAAACUUGAAAAAAGGACGCAGCAUUCAAAUAUCUCGCUCGGAAAUGUUACGGAAAACAGGAGAGCUUUUUGCUUUACGUCAUUUGAUUAACUUGAGCUCUGACUUGUUGGAUGUUCCAGAUUUUUAUUGGGAUCGCGAGCAACUAGAGAAACUUUAUCAGCAAACAUGCUCCUAUUUUAGCAUCAGUCGACGGACAAGAGUUAUGAAUGAAAAAUUAAACCAUUGUAUUGAUUUAGCUGAUUUGAUUAAUUCUAAUUUAAACGAUACGCAUCACGUACGAUUAGAAUGGAUGAUAAUUUUUUUAAUUAUGGUUGAGGUAGGAUUCGAGAUAUUGCAUUAUAUUGAAAAAAUACCAUAGGAUAAUAAAUAUAUGUGUAAUAAGACAAAGCGUGUAAAAAAUCAUUUAUAUUUAAAAACCCGUUCGUUCGAUCGGUUUGAUUCUGAACACUUGCUUUAGACGUAUAGGACUACGUCUUACGGCAAGGUAGCUAAAAUGAGGGGUCGCACAGUGCGUUGAGCCAUAGACAAAAAUCGUUUUUCACUUUUUUUUAAUCGGGUAUACUAAGUAUUUAGAAUUGUUUAUAGAUGCCUUCUGCUACUAUCC